ACAAAAUCCACACCAGACUUGUAGGAAGUUGAUUCAGGUACUACAUGAUCCGCAAGGCGGAAGCAGUAACCUGAGGAGCGCUGAGAACACUGUGAAAGCACAUGAUUAACUAGGAGGUUGUGUUCUAGAAAAACGAAAAAUGACGGGAGAGCCUGAAAAACAACAGAAGCAUCAACAAGCUUGAUCCGAUCAUUAAAGUAUCUUGAGAUCGAGGAAGAUCGUCAUCAUUGCUAUAAACCGACGGGCAACAUAAAGAUCGAAACGCACGAAAUAAGACAUGGAAUUAUUGAAAUUUAUAAUGUAUGUGGAGACGCCCUUGACCUUGAACCUGAAAAUGACGACCCCUUCGCCUUCAGGUGGAAUUUUCUGACGGGACGAUGAAGGUGCACCACGCUCGGUAUCCUUCUUAUGUAGCUUUCCUUGUCUUGUAAACGAACAAAGCGAUCGGCGAGUGAACUACGUCGAUAAGCGGGAGAGAGUGAGUUUUCACUUACAAGAAAUUUCACAUGGCAUUUUCGAGGAAGGCGCAACCAUAGUCCUAGUCGUCCAGAACCAGAUACGCAAAGGUGUUUCUGGAGCCCUUGUUCUUGAGAGGAUGGACGUAGAGUUGGUAUAUUUCAAGGGUGGUGGACGCGCCACGCCUGCACGGGUUGCCCUCUUUAAUGCCUUCGGAGAGGCGGGGUGGCGGAAUACCAUGUUAGAAUUCCAAGAAUUUUCAGAGGAGCAAAAAAAGUGGAGAAACGGCGAACCCUCUAUCCUCAAGUUAAGGCUACACCAGGAAAAUCAUCUUCCCCCAGAACAUGUCGCUCUUUGCAGACGUUUGAGGAGACUGAAAGCUUCGUUCAUCUAAUCAAGACACCGCUGGGGCACUUACCACAACUCAUCAUUAACGAGGAAUCAUUAGCACCAGCAGAAGAAGUGGUAUCAUCUACUUCUACAUUCUUCAACCAUCUUCAUGCACAACAUGUUGUACUAGGUAGCUGGAUAGUACAUCAAGAACAUGAUCAUGUUCAUCAUGGUGAUUCCCGAGCAAGAAGAACUUCAACAAGUCCCUUCCCCUUCGACGUGUGCGUUUCAUAAAUGUGAUUUUUGAAUCAUGAUUUCGAUUUAACGAACACAACAUGUAAAAAUAGUACUUUCUGAUAAAAGAUUUAAUUUUCUCAUGGAUCUCCACCACCAGGUAACUCAGGCGCCGGCUAUCGCUCGAUGGGCUGGCAGACUUGGCAGUAAACCGCUCAUACCGACAGACUCGAUCAAGUCACUACUGUGCGAAGAGAUAAUGCUAUGAUUUGCCACCCUCCAUUUACACUUUCACUUAAGUACUUGUUGAGAUGAGCUUUAUUAAUAGAAGACUACUCGCUCUCGCACGCGUUUUUCUUUAUGUGAUGGAGCGAUUAUCAUGUUGAUGUUGAAGAGCAACAUGGGCAUAGAAUGAAGGUGAUCAUAAGCGUCGGUAGAUAUAAUGAUUGAGCGACGACUACCGCGUACCACCAACAAGUACUAGCAAUAUACUUGAUAUUUUUCAAUUUUCUUCACCUUGUAGAUCAUCCGAGGAUUGCAAGUACUUACAUCAAUCAAGAAGGUAGCAUCCGCUUCCGCAAUUACACAGUAACCAAGGAGGUAGGACAAAUUUCUAACAUCAGCCGUUUGCGAUGACGCGUUGUCAAAGGUGCCAAGCGAUCCGGAUGUAAACGUACUACAUAACAAGUAAGGUCUUUAUCUUUUUGACACGAUUUUGUUGUUGAUGGAUCGAAAAAAUAUGUAUAUGAAUUAUCGUCUCAUUUCUCUUUUUUCCAUUUUCGGGCACAACAGAGGAAGCUAUCGUUGCGGCAGGACUACGCUACAGGGCCUCUCAAACGCGUGAUGGAUUUCCUAGAACUAAGGGUGGAACAGGGUGACGGCUAUGCAAUACGAGACGCUGGCUUUACCCUCGCUGAUGUUUCAAUACUCAUGCUUACCGAAAUGAUUGCAAUUAUGGCUUGUUUUCGGAUACAGUUGCUUAAUACUAGACAGCUUGGUUCCUGCAUAUGCGCUAAAGCAAGUAAUCGAACAGUACACUCAUCAGCAUAAUUUUCGACUACAAGUAGGAGGAAAAAAAUGCGCCGUUGAUCAAAUAACUCACCAGAGCGACUGGUGCUAGAAGAUUCAUAUUCUAGCCGCUCUUGUACUGAUGAUUUAAUUCGUCACCCAGCAACCGGAUGAAGCUCUUCACUGUAUUAAUAAGUAGUUCUUGUUCUUCACCCCUUCUAACCUGAAGAACGAAUUGGAAGGGAUACCAGCAUCUUACCUAGAGUCCUGGGAGGGCUUACAGACGCAUUGUCUAUCUCUGCCGAAAAAAGCGUCCGUUCUUGUUGCAUAUCGAAAACAUUACCCUUUUUGAUGUAUUGACGAGCGAGGACUUAAAUGACUUCCAUUUCUAACCAACUUCUAUGAACAAGGUCAAGGUAAUGUGAAAAAAUCAUUGCCGUGGUGCCACUUGAUUCUAUUUGUUCUAUUCUGGUGGAAGUUCAACAAGUUACAAGAACAGAACCAUGAUCGCUACUUCCAGAAGUAACAGCUGUACAACAUGUAAAGAAAAGGAGCAAGAAACAUCAAGAAGACCAUGCUCUGAAGAAAGGGUGCUGCUGGUGGAGGACACCAGUCGCAGGCGAAUUGUUCAUCCUCUCUUACGCAAUGCUCGCGGCUGUGAUGGAUGCUACAAAGACUGCACCAGAGAAAGGUGGUCUGGUCUCGCAAAUGACUAUAGUUCCACUAAAACACCGAACUACAUCUACAAUUACGACGAAAACCUAUCCACCACCAGCGGGAGGAGAAAAAAAAUCGCGAAUCCUAACCCUACCCUAACCUUGUGGACGUGGUGCAACGUGCUAGAACUAAGUAGAUGGCGUUCUGAUAUUCUUCUAUAUCAUCAUUUAUCAUACAGAUACAUCUACGAACAGCAAGGUGCACCAAAAGGAUGACGAGCGACAACCCGAAGGGGCAAAUUUCAGCACUUGUCAGGGACAUAGAAAGCAAGUGCAGUACCAUCGAAGCGGCGCUGAAAAGAGAGGCGGUCGACCCAGAAACCGCACGAAAAUUCUUAAGACAUUUUGUUUAUGAACAGGAUAGGUGUUGUAGGUGUACCAAGUAGAAUUUGGAUAAGGUAGGAUGGAUACGUCGCCUCGAUAUUACUUAUAUGAUAUAUGGAUAUGAAUACACCCUACUAGCAAAACAAGCAAGAACGAAGAACAAGUAGAUCCAAGUCGAGCUCGAGGUGGCGUGUGCUGUCUCUUAUAAUGAGCAAAGAGGUCACGCAGCGCCAACGCUCUAGAAACCAAAUGUUCAAAUCCAGCAAAUCGCAUUUGAGAUCAUUCUCCUAUCUUCAUGUUCAUCUAAUCCCCACACUGUCUCCGUGUCCACGCUGAGCGCUUGCUGUUUGGACGUAUAUCGCAGCGUGUCUCGUUACUCGAAGCGCGAAUGGGCGACCUCGAGGCCCGAUUUUUCGACGCCAAGCAUGCUGUUGUCGCGCGGCUGCUGCAGGAGGUAAAACGUGAUUACAUGGAACUUAGGGGAAUAGGCUGCGUUAUAGGGGAACAAGGGGAAGGCCAAAGUGCUCGUAUUAAAACAACGAAUUGAGAUUGAAGAUCUUGCAGAAUGAAAAAAAUGAUCUUGCCGAAGAUGCACAUCCAUGAUGGCUUAGACGUAAUAUGCUAUGCACUGCCUUCUCCGUCUAGACUUAGCUUGGAAGGAAAAAUGAUGAUGCAAAUAGGUUUCGCAUGCUCUGCAGGAGAUAUGCUGAUAAAACACGAGGACGAGCUCGAUCCUCUUUUUCAUCUUUGUCGUUCUUUAAGUUUGACACCGAGGCACUCUUUGAGGCAAGAAUGAACCACGUAAUGAGGUUGAGAGCAAGAGUCAUACUAGAUCAUAAAUCAAAGACAAUCUGUGUUUUCGUAAGAACAUUACUGAGUGACAAAGCGUAACGUGU